AUGAGUAUGAUCAAAAUGACGCCGCCUAAGAAAAGAGGCGUUCGAUCAAGUGCAGCUAAAUUGAAAACCCUCCUGCGACAGCGGGCAAAUAUUCUCGGCUCGGCUAUUGUGAUUAAAAGGUUCAAUGAUCAAUAUCAAGAGAGCCAAAUACAUCAAGUACAGGUUAGAAUCGAUUCGCUUAACCAGCUGUGGACAGAUUUUGCGUGUGUUCAAAAUGAGAUCGAGGAAAUCGAAAACCGAGGUGAUGGUGACGAUGACCUUGAAUUUACUAUGUCGGACGAACGAGUGAAGUUUCAAGAUUUAUACUACGAACUCAAAGCUUCUCUCACUAGCAAAUUACCGGAUCGCUUGCCCGCUGCAACGCCUACCGGUUCUCGUGGAUCCGGACAGCCAUUUCACUCGGUGAGGCUACCGGAGAUUAACAUUCCUUUAUUUGGCGGAAAUCCAUCUGAAUGGAUAGCCUUUCGAGAUAUUUUCAAAUCAAUGAUUCACUGUAGUGAUCAUUUGUCGUCAGUGCAGAAAAUGCACUAUUUAAAGGCAGCUCUUACAGACGAGGCUGCUCGUAUUGUCGCAAAUUUGGAAGUUAAUACAGAUAAUUACUCGAUCGCAUGGAAAUCGGUUUGUGAGCGAUAUGAUAAUCCGAAUCUACUCCUCAAACACCAUUUCGCAGCUCUCUUUGCCAUUCCCAGUGUGAAAAAGCCAUCGGCCUCGACUUUGUAUGACCUUGUGGAUGAGUUCGAUCACCAUGUGUGUAUGCUAGAAAAACUAGAUACAGCAGCUAACCUUUGGAACUCUGUGUUAGUUGAAACCCUCAGUAAGCGGUUAGAUUCCUCGACCUUGAAAGAGUGGGAAAAUAACUGCGAAGGAACAAUCCGUCCUACGUACCAAAGUUUAGUAGAUUUUGUGCGAAAAACGUCGAGAGUGCUGCAAUCUGUUAAACUUUUGCAGACUCAAUCCUUACCAUAUGAGCAAAAAUCUAUUAAACCCAAACCGAUUUCCACGCAUAUUGCAGCUGAGGCUGUGAAUAAAUGUCGACAAUGCAAACAAGCACAUCCGUUAUUUAAGUGUGAUCAAUUUCUCGCUAUGGAAGCAAAGCAGCGUUUUGAGUUGGUGAAGAAGCAUGGAUUGUGCAUAAACUGUCUGAAGGGAUCACAUCUGGCCAAAAACUGUAGCAAUAGUGGUUGUCGAUAUUGUUCCAAAAAGCACCAUACAUUGUUACAUUUACCUCCGCUCAACGUGGCUGCCAGAACUGCAACACAGUCAGCUUUAGCAUGUUCUACAGUAUCCAGUGAGGUGAUGCCUUCAGUACAAUGCCAGUUGUCGUAUAUGAGUACGCAAAAUUCGCAAUCGCAAACGUGCCCUUCACCACCUCCGCCGCCUAUUGCGUUUCGGUCUACGGUUUCGAAAAGCGCAAAUUCGUCGGUCGUCGGUGCCCUCUCCCCGCCGCCGGUUGUUCCGUCCGUGUCGCGUUCGAUCGGCAGUAAUCUCGAAUUGGACUCUUCUCCUGUGGCUUCACUCGUAGCGCCGCAGAGAGAUCUCGUUACCAGCGGAGGAGAAGUCUUUCUGUCAACUGUGGUCAUAAAAGUGAAUAAUAAUAGAGGCAGCUAUCAUUUUGUUCGAGGUGUUUUGGAUAGUUGCUCGCAGGCCAAUUUCAUAUCAGAAUCUAUGGCCAGAAGGCUGGAACUUAAGCGCAGCAAAAUCGAUCUGCAAGUCAGCGGUAUUGGACAAGGGAUCGUCCAUAUACGCUCCAAGGUGGUAAUCAAAUUCUCGUCUCGUUUUGGAAAAUUUGAGUAUCUACUCGAAUGUCUCGUUAUACCACAAAUCACAGUUACACUCCCAAGCAAGCACAUCGAUAUUUCUCGCUGGAAUCUUCCAAAAAAUAUUCCUUUGGCCGACCCGAAGUUUAAUAUUAGUUCUGGCGUGGACCUGCUAAUUGGAGCGGAGUUAUUUUAUUCGCUGCUGGAAAGUGAUAAAGUGCAAUUGUGUGAUGGUUUCCCCACCCUUCAGCGGACGGCUUUAGGGUAUGUUGUAGCUGGUAAAUUGUUGGAGCCCGCUACUACGCCUUCGAUAUGCAUCGUGAGUUCCACAAAAGGUCUAGAAACGAUAUUGCAACGCUUUUGGGAAACCGAGAGUAUUGACGAUGGAAAAAAGAUGACUCCAACCGAACAGGCUUGUGAAGAUCAUUUUAAAGACACUGUCUCCAGAGCCGAAGAUGGACGCUACAUAGUACGCCUUCCAGUACGGGAAGAAUUGCUUGCAUUGUUGGGAGAUAGUUUAGCGGUAGCACAGCGUAGAUUCUUUGCGAUUGAAAGGAAAUUCAGAAUUAAUAGUGAUUACAAAAGGGAAUACAUCACAUUCAUGGAAGAAUAUCAUGAUUUAGGCCACAUGGAGUUGAGUCCUCGCGUCGAAAAUUCCCAGUUUGUCCUGCCACAUCAUGCCAUACAUCGCCCGGAAAGCUCCACCACAAAGACACGCGUGGUGUUUGAUGCUACAUGCAAGGGCAGUUCUCAAUUGUCGUUGAAUGAUAUACUUCUCGUCGGUCCAAUAGUCCAGCCACCACUACUAGCUACCGUGUUAAACUUUCGGGCACCACGGUUCGUUUUUAUAGCGGACAUUGAAAAAAUGUUUCGCCAAGUUUGGGUGCAUCCGGCGGACCGAAAGCUGCAACAAAUACUUUGGAGAUCGGAUACUUCGCAACCUAUACUACGAUACCAAUUGAAAACAAUAACUUAUGGAACUUCUAGCGCUCCAUAUCUCGCCACUCGGGUGCUCAACCAACUGGCUGAGGAUGAAGGUAACCGUUUUCCUCUCGGUGCAGCGGUAGUUCGUGAAGGGUUCUACGUAGAUGACGUUCUUACGGGAGAUGACGAUCUGCAGGAGGUGAUAGAAACAAUUGGAUAG